AUGAAUACUGAUGCAUUAAAUCAGGAACGUGCGACUGUAUUAUAUGAAACGAUAGAGAUGUCACCAGAAAAUAUUCGCAGUCGUCAAUCAACAUCACAACCAGUCUCAUUAUUAACAUUAGUCUUCAAUGUUCUCUCAUUUGUUAUCAUACGAAGAUCAUUUUUAUGUUCAGAUUUAAAUUUAUAUCAUCCACCACCAACACACGAGGUCUUUCCAAAUAGGCUUCUAUUUUUUUGCGCAUUUAUAAUACCAUUGAUUGUGUUGGUUCUGUCUGAAGGUGUUCGUUGGUAUUAUUUACUUCGUAAAAAAGCAGCAAAAGUUGUUUAUAAAAUUCAAAUUCGUUCAAAGACUUAUAAUAUUCCUGAAUGGUCUGGGAAUCUUUAUAUUAUUGUUGGUGUUUUUCUUUUUGCUAUUUCUAUUAAUUUAUUUUUAACUUACUUUGGCAAAGUAACUGUUGGUCGAUUACGACCACAUUUUAUUCCGUCAUGUUUUCAGAAAUUUUCUUAUAAAGAAUUUUGUCAAGAUCCAAAUGAAUGGAUUUCUAAUUAUACAUGUUUGGGAGAAUCAAGCCAUGCGGUCAAAGAAAGAGAUGAUGUCUAUGAUAUUCGUCAAUCAUUUCCAUCUGGGCAUGCCUCAUUAUCUUUCUAUGGUUUAAUGUUUUUAGCUCUUUAUAUUCAUAAAGUUUGGAAUUAUCGUAAUAUUGGUCUAUUUCCAUAUGUUAUGGAAAUGCUUUGCUUUGCUUUAGCUUCAUAUAUCGGUAUUACACGUAUUACAGACAAUCGUCAUCAUCCUACAGAUGUUCUUGGCGGUGCCAUUUUAGGAACUGUUGUUGCUACUAUUGCUUUCCGCUGUAUGGUUAACUCAUUUAAACGAUCAGUUUCAUUAGAUCUUGGUAGUGAGCAUCAAGAGACUAAAAUUUAA